AUUACGGUCUGCAUCAGCCUUCACUAGUUUUUCUCAGAGGCACUGUGAAGAACUGUUCACAACAUUACAGGAAGGGGAAAAAAACAGGAUUCCUGAGAAAUGCAGAAAUGGCCUCACUUUCAGGUGAAUUCCUUCAUCUCCCUGAGGUGAGAAUUGUGCUUCUUGGGUGGAAAUAUGGAGGGAAAAGUUCAGCAGCAAACACAAUACUGGGCAAGAAGGAGUUCAAGCUCAAAGAAAGUAUUCAGUGUCAGAGCAGACAGGGGGAGGUAGCAGGGAGGAAAGUCACUGUGGUCAAGGCUCCAGGAUGGUGGAGGGAUAUCAAGAGAAAAUACACACCUAAGCUCGUAGAACAGGAGAUUGUGCUUAGCGCAUCUAUGUGUCCUCCAGGACCUCAUGCUGUACUUGUGGUCUUAGACCUGGGCUGUCAAUUUUUAUACAAAAAAUCAUUAGUAAAUCACAUCCAGCUUCUGGGUGAGAGCGUGUGGAAUCAUGCUAUAGUGCUGUUCACUUUUGGAGACAAUCUAGGAGGCAGAUCCAUCGAACAGUACGUACAUAGUGAAGGGGAGACCCUCCAGUGGCUCAUAGGGCAAUGUGGGAACAGGUACCAUGUCUUCAACAACAAGGACUGGGAUGAUUGCUCUCAGGUCACAGAGCUGCUGGAGAAGAUAGACAAGAUGGUGGCUGGAAAUGCCAUGAAAUAUUACCAGCUAGACAGUAAGAUCAAGGAAGAGAUAGAAAACAAAAGGAAGGAAGAAAACAAAAAGGCUGAAAAGAGACUGAUGCAAGUGCAGAAAAGAAGAGAGAUGCUGAGAUCAAUGGAAGGUGUCUCCCUCAAUCUCGCUGAGCAAAGGAUGGUUUUGCUGGGAUGCAAAGAGGCUGGAAAAAGCUCAUCAGGAAACACCAUCCUGGGCAGAAAGGAGUUUACAUCAGCAGCUCAUUGCGAGAGCAGACAGGCAGAGGUAGCAGGGAGGAAGGUCACUGUGGUGGACACUCCCGGAUGGAUCAUGAAUUAUACUACUGAAAACACAACCGAGUUGACAAAACAGGAAAUUAGAAGGAGUGUAUCUUUGUGUCCUCCAGGACCCCAUGCUCUACUUCUGGUCAUGCCAGUCGAUGUGUCGUUCACUGAUAAGACCCCAGUAGAGCAACACCUGCACCUCCUCAGUGACAGUGUCCUGGACCACACAAUCAUAUUGUUCACAUAUGCAGGCAUAUUGAGAAACGUAACCAUAGAGCAGUACAUUGAGAGUGAAGGCGAGGCCCUCCAGUGGCUUGUUGAGAAAUGUGGGAACAGGUACCAUGUCUUCAACAACAAAAAGAAGGAUGAUGGUGCUCAGGUCAUAGAGCUGCUGGAGAAGAUAGAGGAGAUGGUGUCUGGAAAUGGAGGAAGAUGCUGUGAGAUACAAAGUCCACCAAAACCAUCGCUGCCACACAGGAGAGCCCAAAGCAAAGAUUUCACACCAUAUAUGAGCCAUGAAAACCUGAAGAUGAGAUGGUCUCUGAGAUCUUCUGGACAGGGAUCUUCCCAUUGCUCUGAAAUCAGUUCUGUGUUUGGGUCAAUGAGAUCCAGCUCCUCUGGUCACAGUUCUGGUUUCGGGUCCCUGACAUUCAUUCCAGAGUCCGAGAGAAGCUCAGAAUCAAGACAAAAGAAGUUACUAAGUUUCUUCACAAAAGUGUCACACGGUGUGGCAGAGUCAGGAUCUCAACACCCAGACGGACGUGUUACUAGGCACUGGUGGGGCCCCAGGCAGAAAAAACUAUUGGGCAACUCUGAGAGCCAUACAAUGCCAUGAUGUUACCCACAACUCAUAUGUAAUUAAUCAUACAUCAAAUAAUUUUUUGUCCUGUUAAUACACAAAUAGCAAAUAAAAUGUGUUACUUUACAACAUGUAACAAAUAGUAUUUAAAAUAUAUUUACCCAAUCAACUUCUUUCAUAGUAAAAUUAUGGUUGAUUCAAUUCAACACUUUCAGUUCAACUGAAAAUAAAUACCAGCUCAAGAACUCCUUGACCUACUUCAUAUCAGUCUAACUCAAACUGACUUUAGGUCCAAUAGAGAGUUCCAUCUUCAAAUUAAAGGGACUUAAAUGUGCAAGAAAUUGACACUGGCAUGCGCAUGUAUUUGGCAAUCUGGGAAGAGACAUCAUUCCCCAAGGCCAGUUCUUGCAAUGACACUGUUUGAAGUACCUAGAUAGCAUUUGCGGAACUUGGCCACAUUCCUGGGAGGCCUUCUGGGAAUUCAUCAGCUCAUUAAACAACCAUCACCCUUGCAUCAGAGUCAAACCAGCGUUAUGUGACAUGGACUUGAACUUUCUGGACACCAUCACAAGUCCAACAUUGGGAGAAACUCAGGUCCUGGAUGUUGGAUCUUCACAUCUGCCAACACCCUGCCCCAGUGCCAAAGUUUUCAUUUGCAUGUUUCAGGAUAUCCUGAAAUCCCAAUCAGUGUGGUUUAUCCAGACAAUGCACUCAGACAUAGGAUCAGGACCAGGCAAUGAAGAUCCUUUUUAAAUCCCAACGAUGGCAUGGUGACUCCAUGAGCAGUAAGAUGAAUGUGAGAUGGUGAGCAAAGCGUGCAAAAGCCCCACACAUAAUAACAUGCUCUGCUUACUCCAGAUUCCUCAAAAUUACAAGUAAUCACACUAACUGUUUAUCUGCUGGGAUGCAGGAAAAAAGACAGCUCUCCAACUUUUGGAGUAAAAUACAAUUUUUCUAAUUUAUUCAGACUGAUACAAGAUAUUCAAAUGAAUUUUCACCUCU